UAAUUACUCUAAUGCCAUUGCCGUCGAAGCAAGAACGGGGAGAGAGCUUAAAAGCAGAGUAAAAUAUCCCGAAACCCGUCAGAUAAGAAGAUAGAAAAAAGGAUAGUAGGCCGCCCGAGCUCCCCCCGAUGUCUUCUUCGCCUUCCCCCGGCGCCGCCCCGGCACCGACGUCCCCCCCAUCUCCCCCAUCCCCGGCAUCCGCUCCCCCGCCGGCUACCCCCUCCGCCCCUCCGCCGUCCAACAACACCACCCCACCCUCCUCCUCCCCUCCUUCUUCCUCCCCUCCCCCCUCCCCACCUUCUUCCACCCCUCCCCCCUCCCCCGCCACCCCCUCCGCCUCCCCUCCUCCGGCGACCCCCUCCACCUCGCCUCCUCCGGCGACCCCCUCCACCUCGCCUCCUCCGGCCAGCCCGUCCGGUUCCUCACCUCCGCCGCCGGCGACCCCGUCGAAGUCGUCGCCGCCGCCUCCGUCCGGCCGAUCGACGCCUAGCUCUCCGUCUACCCCCUCGGAGAAGACUCCUUCUCCCCCGUCUCCGCCCUCGUCGGGCAACUCCACUUCGACCGUGCUCGUCGUGGGGUUGGCUGCGGGCGCGGUGGUGAUUGUGCUGGUGCUGUGCCUUCUCUGCGUCUGCUGCUGGAAGAAGAAGCGCCGCCCUCGGCCUCAUCACUACGGCGGUCCGCCGCCGCCGCCGCCACCACGGAAAGAUGACCCUCAUGGUGGAUGGCCCCAGAAUUGGCAGCAGAAUGCCCCUCCACCAGCAGAUCAUGUUGUCAAAAUUCCUCCGCAUCCUCCUCCACCACCACAUGCUUCUCGCCCUCCACAUUUGCUAGGCCAUUUUCCACCGCCACCACCUCCUCCACCUAUGGUAAGCAGCAGUGGAGGUUCUGGGUCAAAUUAUUCCGGGUCUGAGAAUCCACUGUCUCCACUAUCACCUGGUGUCGCCCUUGGCUUCUCAAAGAGCACCUUCACGUAUGAAGAAUUGGCAAUGGCAACAGAUGGGUUCUCUGAUGCUAAUCUCCUUGGGCAAGGUGGUUUUGGAUAUGUACACAGGGGAAUGCUUCCAAAUGGUAAAGAAGUCGCAGUCAAACAAUUAAAAUCUGGGAGUGGACAGGGUGAGCGUGAAUUCCAGGCAGAGGUUGAAAUUAUUAGUCGUGUGCAUCACAAACAUCUGGUUUCACUGGUUGGGUACUGCAUUGCUGGAGGCAAGAGGCUGCUUGUUUAUGAAUUUGUUCCUAACAAUACGUUGGAGUUCCAUUUGCAUGGGAAAGGUCGGCCAGUCAUGGAUUGGCCCACAAGGUUAAAAAUUGCAUUGGGUUCUGCAAAGGGAUUGGCUUAUCUUCAUGAGGAUUGCCAUCCUAAGAUCAUUCACCGUGACAUUAAGGCAGCCAAUAUUCUUCUUGAUUAUAAUUUUGAGCCAAAGGUUGCAGAUUUUGGGCUUGCAAAGAUUGCAUCUGAUAACAAUACCCAUAUUUCUACCAGAGUCAUGGGAACCUUUGGGUAUUUGGCACCAGAAUAUGCAUCUUCUGGAAAGCUCACAGAAAGAUCAGAUGUCUUUUCCUUUGGAGUCAUGCUUCUUGAGCUAAUCACGGGACGCCGCCCGGUUGAUACAAGCCAAACUUUCAUGGAUGAUAGCUUGGUUGAUUGGGCAAGACCUUUACUUACGCGGGCUCUUGAGGAUGGGAACUAUGAUGCCCUCACUGAUCCGCGAUUGGGAAAAAAUUACAAUCCUAAUGAGAUGGCACGCAUGAUUGCUUGUGCUGCUGCUUGCGUGCGCCACUCAGCACGGCGUCGACCACGGAUGAGUCAGGUUGUCCGAGCCUUGGAAGGAGAUGUAUCUCUUGAGGAUCUGAAUGAAGGCGUUAAACCAGGUCACAGCAGGUUUUUCGGUUCAUAUGGCAGCUCAGAGUAUGAUUCUGGCCAGUAUAAUGAGGACAUGAAGAAGUUCAGGAAGAUGGCAAUGGCAGCAACUCAGGACUACCCUAGCACCGAUUUCAGUGCACCAACCAGUGAAUAUGGCCAGAACCCAUCAGCAUCAAGCAGUGAAGGCCAACAUACACGGGAAAUGGAAAUGGGGAAGGGGAAGAAAGACAGCUAAGGUUUCAGCAGCAGCUCCUGAAAAAAAUUCGACUGUUUUAUCAAUUUGUAAAGUCCCACCUUAUUUUCAUACCUGCCCACCUUACUUUCAUGCUUGACUUUUUAUUUGAGAAAAGCAGUCCGUGCAUGGGUGGGAUAUAGUUUUCGGUAAUAUUAGAAGUUCUUAUACGUGUAUGCUUUUUAUUCUUGUGAAAAUAAUGAAGAGCUAACUGAUUCUUUUACGUGGUUUAA